CAGUUCCGUCCAAAGUGGGUCCACAAGUCUGCACUUUUCCUUUUCCCUUUUCUCAGAGGACGAUCUUUCUGAGGAAUCCCUAAUAAGCCCACCCCAAAUUUCCCAAUCUUUUUCUCUUCUCGAAUCUAUUCUCUCUCUCUCUCAGCUGCCUAUCCUGUUUUGCUGUUCUUUCAAAUUCCUAUCCUUGUCACUUUUUCCCCACAACUCAAAGCUCUUUAUUGUUAUUUCUUCAAUCAGUUUUAGCUACAAAGCACCUUUCCACCCCAAAAUAGAACCUGAGUUCUAGGGAAGUCCCUCAUUUUCCAAGGCUUAAAAAAAAAAAAAAAUAUUAAUGAAGAGCCCAAAAAAACUGAUUUUGUCAUCUGGGUUUGCCUAAUUUCGAGAAUCGAUUUUUGGUUUUGGAAGCUUCAGGUGGCUUUUGCUUCUGUUUUAGGUUUGACGAGCUUCAAGUUUUUGUAGGUUAGGCCAGAUUGCUUCUGGUGUUAUUUAGGAAUUUAUGUACUUUGAAGAAGAAGAAGAAGGAGAACGGUUUGGUUUGGCUGCUUGAGAAUUUUAUUGGAUACCUGGUUUGAAUUUGGGUCGUCGCCAUUUUAGCCGUUUGAGGUAUAUUGGAUUUGAAUUAUUUUUUGUUUCUGGUGGUGGCAUCGGUUUAGAGUUCUGGGUCAUGGAGUUUUUGGCUGAUUUUUUUUUCAAGUAAGAAUUAGCUUUUGUAUUAAAGGGGUUGUAUUAAAUUAGAAGGAACGAAGAUGAAGAGAGGGAAAGAUGAGGAGAAGAUCAUGGGACCUAUGUUCCCAAGACUCCAUGUUAAUGAUACGGAGAAAGGAGGGCCUAGAGCUCCUCCGAGGAAUAAGAUGGCCCUUUAUGAACAGCUCUGUAUCCCGUCUCAGAGGUUCAAUCCUGGGGUCCUUCCUCUUAACCCCAACAAUACUAGCAAUCUGGUUCCCUUAUCAUCCUCAAGCCAGGGAAGCGGCCUUGAAAGGAAUUUGCUCUUUCCUCGUCCCUUAAAUCCAUCACCGUCUACAUAUCAGGCCGAGAAGUUCCAUGCUCCCCGGUCGGAUGGAGCAAAGGGGAGUUCUCCGUUGGCACAGCUUGAACAAAGAAAGAGGGUUGGAGAUGAAGAUGAUUUCAUGGUUCCUGUAUUUGUUCAAUCUAGGGUUGGUCAGAGCCUUGGUAAAUUUCAUAAUGGUUUUGACAAGGAAAAACUUGCUCCUGUUGGCCCCACUCAUUCUGAACAUCCAAUGAAAGGCGGCCAAAGUGUUUUUGACAAGGAUCCAGAACAAUUUCAUUCAGUGUCUCACAGUUCAAGAGAAGAAGUGCAUACUGAGAGUGUAGAGACCCCAAUAGUGGGUGGCCAAGGUACGGACCUUUCUGGAAAAUCUGCCACAAAUCACUCGACCCGAGAAAAGAAUGAUGCUUCUGCCAAGGAAGCCAGAGCAUCUCCGAAUCAAGAGUGCAGGAGAGACCCUGUGCAUAAUUUUAGCAGGUUACCUGACAGUGAUGCUUGCUUACAACAAGAGUCUAGAGCUGAGUCACGACUAGACAGCUUGGGGCUGGCUGAUGGUCUUGUUGAGUCUACAAGGGAUAAAGAGAAUGGAACUGCCUCCCAGGAAAUAAGUGAUUCUCCAUCUGAGGGUGUUCAUAACAGUCCCAAUGUGCAUGAUAAUGACAGUGAAUGUAUUGGAGAAAGAACAUGUAUUUCAUUACACAUUGAGACUGUAGAUAAAAGUGAUGAUGUUUCUGAGACCUCAAUGGUUGAUUCUAUGGUAGAUUUGGAUAUCUCUCCCGAUGAUGUUGUAGGAAUAAUAGGUCAAAAACAUUUUUGGAAAGCUAGAAGAGCGAUUGUCAAGGAGAUGUACAUCUUAAUAAAGUUACUUUGUGCAAGGCGACCUCUGAGACAGUGGAUCAUCUCAUUGUUCAUAGCCCUAUUGCCUCUACUUCUCGGUCAGCAAAGAGUGUUUGCUAUUCAAGUAUUUGAGUUGCAUAGACUGAUAAAGGUUCAACAACUUAUUGCUGCAUCACCACAUCUCUUGCUUGAAGAUAGUGCUUUCUUAGGAAAAUCUUCUUUAACGGGUUCUCUGUCAAAGAAACUUCCAUCACAGUAUGUUGUGAAGCCACUCCCGCAAAUUGUUAAUCACAAAGAUGAUUCUGAGAAGACAAGCCAUAAAAUGGAGUGUUCAGCAGAAAAUGCAGUUGCCAAAACAUCUCUUUCUUCUGUGAAAAUUGGUAGCCAGCCUUCAAACUAUGGUCGAUAUUUUGGGAAUCCGCAGCCAGCACCUGUGGCAACUGAUAAUAAAAUGGGUCCUUGGUGUUUCCAUCAAUCAGCAGGGCAGCAAUGGUUGAUUCCUGUAAUGUCUCCUUCUGAAGGACUUGUCUAUAAGCCAUAUCCAGGACCUGCAUUUAUGGGAGCAGUUUGUGGACCACCUUUCAACUCAACUCCCGUAUCAGGGAACUUCAUGAAUUCAUCCUAUGGAGUUCCAUCUUCUCAUCAUCAUGGAAUGGGAAUCAUUCCUGGCAGUCCUCCUGUUGUUCAUGCUUACUUUCCUCCGUAUGGCAUGCCUGUUGGUAAUCCAGUCAUGCCAGGUUCUGCUGUUGAACAAAUGGAUGGGUGUCCUGGACCUGGUUCACAUAACCAACAUGGUCAGGUUUCAGAAGCUGGAGCUAACUUUAACAUGCAGCAGCAGAGCUCAUGUAAUGUGCCGACCCAGAAGAAUGUACCCCAGAGUGUGAGAUCUCUGGCAUCUAAAGGAAGCGAGUUACAAGGAAGUACUGCUAGUAGCCCUGGGGAGAGAGUACAAGGAGUCAAGGUGCAUAGCAAUGCUGAAGGAAGGGAUGCUCUUCAACUCUUCCCUACAGCUCCAGCAGCUCCAGAGGGAGCUCCUCAGCCACAUGGUACGGACCUGCCUACCCGGGUGAUCAGGGUUGUACCGCACAAUCCUAGAUCUGCAACUGAAUCAGCUGCUCGAAUUUUUCAAUCCAUACAAGAGGAGAGAAAACAGUUUGACUCUGUCUAGCUCAAAACUUUAUUGAUCGUUGGCUGAUAAAUGAUCUUUCGGCUCAUCUAAGUUCGAAUGGGACUUGAUCAUAUCCUCUGUUAUCUGUAAUGGGCAGUAUAUUUUGUAACAAGUUUCCCUUUUCCUUUUUUUCUUUUUGUUGACGUAAUUGUAGUAUAUUCAUAUGUACAUAUUUCUAGUAGAUCAUAACUGGUCAAUGUAAUAUGAAUAUAUGACGUUUCUUUCAA